AUGGACUUUUUGAGACCCAAGGCACCGGCGCCCAAGAUGAAGUCCGCCUCAGACGGACCCCUCGUCUGGAUCGACUGCGAGAUGACCGGCCUGGACCCAGACAAGGAGGAAAUCAUCGAAAUCUUUUGCAUCAUCACCACCGGCAACCUGGAAGUCGUUGACCCCGAGGGCUGGGGCUGCGUCGUUCACCAGUCACAAGAGCGCAUGGCACAGAUGGACGACUGGUGCACCAAGACGCAUGGAGAGAGCGGCCUGACCGCGGCGGUCAUCAAGUCGACGACGACGCCGGAGCAGGCGGCGGACGAGCUGCUCGCUUAUGUGAAGCGGCACGUCCCGGAGCGGAAGACGGCGCUGCUGGCCGGCAACAGCGUGCAUGCUGACCGGUCGUUCCUGAAUAAGGAGCCGUACCGGAAGGUCGUGGACCAUCUCCACCACCGCAUCUUGGAUGUCAGCACCAUCAAGGAGGCGGCGAAACGCUGGGCGCCGACGCAGGUGGUUGAUAACGUGCCUCAGAAGCAGGGCUUGCACCAGGCGAAGGAAGAUAUUCUGGAGAGUAUUGAGGAGGCCAAGUACUACAGGGAGGCCAUCUUUGGCUUGACAUGGAGGCGGGGCGGCAGCGGUCAGGAGACGCCGUUGAGUGAGCAGGACGAGGAGGAGGCCUGGGCGGAUAACUUGCUUUAG